CCAGAACCCGUGCGAGAAAGACCCGCAGCGCCUCAGAGCCGGCGGAGACCAUGAAGGCGAACGGCGGACUGGGGAGUAAAGAUUCACCUGCCGACUGAGCGAAGAGGCAGGAUGGCGGGGGGUCGGAGGGGACUUGUGGCCCCUCAGAACACUUUUUUGGAGAAUAUUGUGAGACGGUCGAACGUUUGGACACUGUCACAUAGACAGACAGAUACCAACUUUGUGCUGGGAAAUGCCCAGAUAGUGGACUGGCCCAUCGUCUACAGCAAUGAUGGUUUCUGCAAGUUGUCAGGGUACCACAGAGCAGAGGUGAUGCAGAAAAGCAGCACCUGCAGCUUCAUGUACGGGGAGCUCACAGACAAGGACACGACGGAAAAAGUGCGACUAACAUUCGAGAAUUAUGAGAUGAACUCUUUUGAAAUACUGAUGUACAAGAAGAACAGGACACCUGUUUGGUUUUUUGUGAAGAUUGCUCCCAUUCGAAAUGAACAAGAGAAAGUGGUCCUGUUUCUUUGCACGUUCAGCGACAUAACGGCCUUUAAACAGCCCAUUGAAGACGAUUCUUCCAAAGGUUGGGGAAAGUUUGCCCGACUUACUCGAGCUCUAACAAGCAGUAGAGGGGUGUUACAACAACUGCAGCCCACAGUUCACAAAGGAGAGAACGUCCACAAGCACUCCCGCUUAGCUGAGGUACUGCAGCUCGGCUCAGAUCUCCUACCUCAGUACAAGCAGGAGACCCCCAAAACCCCUCCUCACAUCAUCCUGCACUACUGCCUCUUCAAGACCACAUGGGACUGGGUCAUCCUCAUCCUCACCUUCUACACAGCCAUCAUGGUGCCCUACAACGUCUCCUUCAAGACGAAGCAGAACAACGUGACGUGGCUGGUGGUGGACAGUAUCGUGGACGUCAUCUUCUUGGUGGAUAUCGUUUUAAACUUCCACACCACGUUCGUUGGACCCGCCGGUGAGGUCAUCUCAGACCCCAAGCUGAUUCGAAUGAACUACCUGAAGACCUGGUUUGUUAUUGACCUGCUGUCCUGCCUGCCGUACGACGUCAUCAACGCCUUCGAGAAUGUGGAUGAGGGGAUCAGCAGUCUGUUCAGCUCACUUAAGGUGGUCCGGCUUCUCCGUCUGGGUCGGGUUGCCCGUAAGCUGGAUCACUACAUCGAGUACGGAGCGGCUGUACUGGUCCUGCUGGUGUGUGUUUUUGGACUGGCUGCCCACUGGCUGGCCUGCAUUUGGUACAGUAUCGGUGAUUACGAAGUUAUUGAUGAAGAGACCAACAUCGUCCGCAUGGACAGCUGGCUCUACAUCCUGGCUGAGACGGUGGGCACGCCGUACCGCUUCAACGCCAGCGGCUCGGGGAAGUGGGAGGGCGGGCCGAACAAGGACUCUGUCUACAUCACCUCCCUGUACUUCACCAUGACCAGCUUGACGAGCAUCGGCUUCGGGAACAUCGCCCCGACGACAGACGGAGAGAAAAUCUUUGCCGUGGCCAUGAUGAUGAUUGGAUCCCUGCUUUACGCCACCAUCUUUGGUAAUGUGACAACCAUCUUCCAGCAGAUGUACGCCAACACGAACCGUUACCAUGAGAUGCUUAACAGCGUUAGGGACUUCCUCAAGCUCUACCAGGUUCCCAAGGGCUUGAGUGAAAGAGUUAUGGACUACAUUGCCUCCACCUGGUCCAUGUCACGGGGUAUAGACACUGAAAAGGUGUUGCAGAUUUGUCCGAAGGACAUGAGAGCAGAUAUUUGCGUUCACCUCAACCGGAAGGUUUUUAAAGAGCACCCGGCUUUCCGGCUGGCCAGUGAUGGGUGUCUCAGAGCUCUGGCCAUGGAGUUUCAGACAAUCCACUGUGCUCCGGGUGACCUGAUCUAUCACGCUGGCGAAAGUGUGGACAGCCUCUGUUUCGUGGUGUCGGGAUCACUGGAGGUCAUUCAGGACGACGAGGUGGUGGCCAUUUUAGGUAAGGGAGAUGUAUUUGGGGAUGUUUUCUGGAAAGAGGUGACGUUGGCACAAGCCUGUGCCAACGUACGAGCUCUGACCUACUGUGACCUCCACGUCAUCAAACGCGACGCUCUGCAGAAGGUGCUGGAGUUCUACACAGCGUUUUCCAACCACUUUUCGAGAAAUCUGCUGCUCACUUAUAACCUGCGAAAAAGGAUCGUCUUCCGAAAGAUCAGUGAUGUGAAACGUGAGGAAGAGGAGCGACAGAGGCGUAAAAAUGAAGCCCCCCUGAACCUGCCACCAGAUCACCCGGUACGAAAGCUCUUCCAGCGCUUUCGACAGCAGAAGGAAGCCCGUAUGGCGACCGAGAAACCUGAGCUAGAUGAACAUGAUAUCGAGAAGGGCCCUGUGUACGUGGACAUCCCGAUAGUGACAGCCAUUACAACUACCAGCAUUGUCACUGUAACAGAAAGCCCAGCAACACCCUCAUCUUCAAUGCCUUCAUCUUCAACACCCCCCAAAUGUUCUCCAUCCGACAAGGCAAAGCUGCAGGUGCCAUCGCCCAUUUCUUUGGUAGGAUGCCGGCCUGCCGAACCGGUUAAAGCCAAAGGCUGGGGUCGCUUCAAGGAGUCUGUGGCUAAAGCCGACAACUGGAACAAAGUGUCUAAAGCCGAAUCCAUGGAGACUUUACCUGAACGGACCAAGGUGCACGAAUCACAGAUGUCUCUAAAGAAGACAGACUCAUGUGACAGCGGUAUCACCAAAAGUGACCUGCGCCUGGACAAAGUGGAUGACUUCCGCAUGACGCCCCAGGACCACAGUCCUGUUCAGCCUCUGGAGACCAGACACGCCUUCUACCCCAUCCCAGAGCAAACGCUACAGGCCUCGCUUCAGGAGCUCAAGCUGGAGCUCAAGGACGACCUCAAGAACCUGAAUGUUAGAAUGUCCAGCCUGGAGGCGCAACUAACAGAGGCACUUCAACUCCUCAAAGCGGGGAAAUCAACUGCUGGCUCUCCACAGCAUCUUUUUGACGUUUCCAGACCAGCUUCACCAGACCUGGACAAAGAGGACAUCUUUUCUUGAAGGAUGGAAGAAUCAUCUGACAAUGGUUAACUGUGAACUCAGCUGGAAUCCAGUAAUAUCCAGAUUACUUGGAUUGCUGAGGCUGCACUGGGUGCACCAUUUAGAUUAGGGAACAUAGUGGUCUUUAAGACACACCUGCCUUUAUCAUAGGGGUGUAGCUAUUGGUUAACAAGAGAAUGUCGUUUUGAGAAUUCAGGGUCAUAUCCCAGAUUUUGGUGUUCACCAACACUGAACACUUGGUUACUAGGUUACAUAAAAAACUGACAGCUCUAUGUUUGUACAUAAGUUUGAUUUAUCGUUCCAUUUGGAAAAUAGCUUGAGCGGUUUGAUUUUAUCUCGAAUCCAAAGGUCUGUUCAGAUUUUUUUUGUUCUCAACAGAAGAACAUAGUUGUAUCCCUGUUGGAAGGCUCAAAUAGAAACAGCAUGAUCCGCUGGUUUGUUAUUCAGUCAUUUGUAUGUGAUUCUUUGCAUGUCACGUAAAAUAGACGUGUGCCUCAAAUUGCAGAUGGUGCAUAUUUGAUUAAUUGGGGCUGCACGUUGGGUCAUUUGCAUUAUUACACAGUGACAGUGAAAAAGGACAGUCUUUGCAGAUGU